AACGGAGGUUGUGCGGGUUCAGGUUUCAGCGCUGCACCCAAUCCGGCAAUCCUCAUCGUCCUUCGUCUAGUCAGACGACCAUCGCCUCUUCGUUCCAAUCUUCUUGCGGAGUUGCAGGAAUUUUUUUCAUCUCAUCCAAGGCCCCUGAAUCCUCUGGACCUGCCCUAGCGAGAGGACAAACUCAGUCCAAAUCCCAUCCGAAUCGCUGCUGGAAAACCGCCAGCCCACCCCCGCCUUUGCAUCAAUCUACCCGUAGAGAAGCACAUGGGUUCGCCUGAGGCUAAUACAACGGAGGACAUCUUUGAUUCGUCUUUGAACCUUGAGGAAAUCCAUUACAAAGAAGGCCAUUCUGAUGGCUAUGCCCAAGGCCUGUCCUCCUGCGUAGAGGAAGGCCGCCAGGUUGGCCUGAAAACCGGGUUUGAAACCGGCUUAGAACUGGGCUUCUACAGAGGCUGCAUCGACGUCUGGAACUCUGCUAUUGGGCUAGACCAGGCGUGUUUCUCGUCUCGCAUGCAGAAGAAUGUCAAAAAGAUGGAUGAGUUGCUCCAGAAAUACCCUUUAUCUGAUCCUGAAAACGAAUCAGUUUCAGAUGUGAUGGAGUCUUUGCAGAUCAAGUUCCGAGCUAUCUGUGCCACUCUCAAGGUGAAAUUGGAGCUUGACGGUUGUUGUCACAGGGCUUCAGAUCCUCAGAAAACUGGAUUUUGAUGGGGGUAUAUUUCGUUAUUAACGCCUAAUGCACUAUAGAGAAUGCACAUUGUUACUUUGGAUGCUUUUCUAGUUAUUAAUUGCUUGUUUAAUCAAACAAUAAUUUGUGGUUUUGCUGUUCAUUUUUAAGAAGAUUGGUUCUUGAUUGUUGUAGAACUCAGCAUCAUAGCAGUCUGUGUGUUAUUGGUGAUGAUGAAUCAGUAGAUUGUAAUGGCAUUUACAGUUGA